CUACAGUUUGACACAUGCAUCACUACUUUCUUGCCAUCUUCAUCUUCUCCCUCGCUAGUCGUCUAACCAUGAGACUCCAUGGCUUCGCAGCCGUGUUUUGCCUGGCAAUGCUCCUUAUUAGCUCCGCCGCCCAGCCGGCUCCACCGCCGUUCUCCUGCGAUCCCUCCGACCCACAAAACAAAGCCUUCCACUUCUGCCAGCCGAAUCUCUCUAUCGGCCUCCGAGUCAGGGAUCUGGUCUCUCGCCUCACGCUGGACGAGAAGAUCUCCCAGCUCGUGAACUCCGCCGCCGCCAUUCCCCGCCUCGGCAUUCCCGCGUACAACUGGUGGUCGGAGGCUCUGCACGGAGUCGCCAACGUCGGACAAGGCAUUUCGUUGAGUGGUCCGAUCAGCGCCGCCACCAGCUUCCCUCAGGUCAUCCUCACGGCCGCGUCUUUCGACCAGGACCUCUGGUACCGCAUUGGCCAGGUGAUUGGGAAAGAGGCAAGGGCACUGUACAAUGCAGGACAGGCUUCAGGGCUCACGUUUUGGGCACCAAACAUAAACAUAUUCAGAGACCCGAGAUGGGGGAGAGGUCAAGAAACGCCGGGCGAAGACCCGACAACGACAGGGAAAUACGCGGUGGCGUUCGUGCGAGGAGUACAAGGUGACAGCUUCCAAGGUGGUCGGAUGGGGAAUCAUCUUCAAGCUUCUGCUUGCUGCAAACACUUCACUGCCUAUGAUUUGGAGAACUGGAAUGGAGUCCAACGUUAUGGAUUCAAUGCCAUUGUGACGGAGCAAGACUUGGCGGAUACAUUCCAGCCACCAUUUCAAGAGUGCGUACAAAAAGCUCGAGCUAGCGGAAUCAUGUGCGCCUAUAACAGUGUGAAUGGGAUCCCAAGUUGUGCUGAUCACAAUCUUCUCACCAACGUUGCUCGUCGUCAAUGGGGUUUUCAUGGGUACAUCACGUCAGAUUGUGACGCGGUCUUUAAUGUUAUUAACGACCAUAACUAUACUAAAACUCCAGAAGACACCGUCGCAGCGGUACUCAACGCCGGGAUGGAUUUGAACUGUGGCUUUUAUUUGGGAGUGUACACAAAAUCAGCAGUUGAGAAGAAAAAAGUGUCUGAAGAUCAGAUAGACAGAGCUCUUCACAACCUAUUUGGCAUUAGGUUUAGAUUGGGACUGUUCUCUGGGGACCCCAAAAGACUGUCUUAUGGUAGCAUUCGCCCUGAUCAAGUCUGCAGCCAAGACCACCAGAAUGUAGCCCUGGAAGCAGCAAGAAAGGGCAUUGUCUUGCUCAAAAACUCUGCCAAGUUGCUCCCUCUAUCCAAGACGAAAACCGAGUCCCUUGCUGUGAUAGGUCCCAAUGCAAACAUUGCAAAUGUCCUUCAAGGAAACUACUUUGGCCCUGGAUGCAAAUCUGUUGAAAUACUCAAAGCUCUGCAGAGCUACACCAAGAAUACGUCGUUUCACCCGGGCUGCAAUUCAGUAAACUGCAGCUCUGCUGCAAUAGGCGAAGCUGUCGAGCUAGCAAAGAAGGCGGAUCAGGUGGUUCUUGUCAUGGGAUUGGACCAAACUAUAGAGAGGGAAACAUUAGACCGCGUGGACUUGCUGCUCCCCGGGCAGCAAGAGAGCCUCAUUACUAGUGUAGCUAAUGCUACAAACAAGCCUGUCAUAUUGGUGCUGCUGAGUGGAGGCCCCGUGGAUGUUUCCUUCGCGAAAUCCAACCCGAAAAUAGGCAGCAUCCUGUGGGCGGGCUAUCCAGGCGAAGCAGGCGGCCUAGGACUUGCAGAAGUGAUAUUUGGUGACUAUAAUCCUGGGGGAAGAUUGCCUGUCACUUGGUACCCUAAAGAUUACAUCAAAAUCCCAAUGACAGACAUGAGGAUGAGGGCUGAUAAUUCCACAGGCUACCCUGGCCGAACCUAUAGAUUCUACACUGGCCCUAAAGUUUUCGAAUUCGGGUAUGGUCUUAGCUACACUACAUACUCUUAUGAGUUCACUUCUGCAGUCACAUCCACCACAAUAAACUUGAACCAAUUGGCAACUGUGAAGAGAGCUGAGGGAUUGGACUCAGUCCAUUAUAUAUCAGUAGAGGAAAUUGGAGAGGAAACCUGUGAGAAUGCAAAGUUCUCAGCCAUUGUUGGAGUUGAGAACUCUGAGGAAAUGGAUGGAACUCACCCUGUGCUGCUUUUCAUGAAGCCUGCUAAGGGGAGAGAAGGGAACCCAUUGAAAAAGUUAGUUGGAUUCCAGAGUGUGAACUUAAAGGCCGGCGGAAGAACUGAAGUUCAGUUUGAAAUCAGCCCCUGUCACCAUCUCAGCAGUGCCAACAAAGAUGGGUUAAUGGUGAUUGAGGAAGGGCCUAAUUUGCUGGUUGUAGGGAACACGGAACACGCUAUUGACAUUGUAAUUUGAAUCCUUAACCGCGUUUGGUUAGAGGAAAUGAAUUAUGUGGGAAGCCAAUUGCAAUUACAUGGAAAAAUAAUAAUGUGUGAAUAAAGUGCGAGUCAAUGUUUGAUUUGCAGGAAUAAAAUUAUUGGGAAUUUCAAUUUCAAUGUUUGAUA